AUGGCAGAGGAAAACCAGCUCAUUCUCCCCAUCAUUGAUUCUCAUAUCCAUCUCUACCGAGAGAAGGACCUUGAGAAUGUCAACUGGUACAAGGCAGACGGCCCCCUAGGUGGCCCCCACUCAGUUGAGCAGUUCAAGGAAGCCGCCAAAACCUCCCCGUCGCUGCUGGGAUUUGUGUUUGUCGAGACCGAUUUCAAGUAUGACCUUGAGGCGGGUGCCGCCGAUGGCUCGGGGUGGGAGUUCCCCCUGCAGGAGGUCGAGCGACUGAAGCGUAUCGCCCUGGGCCAGCCAGAGGAUGGCGAUGGCUCCUCCGCUGAGGACGCCAAGCUGUGUCUGGGUAUCGUCCCAUGGGCCCCGAUCCCUAGCGGUCCAGAGGUCUUGGAGAGAUAUAUCGACCGUGUCAAGGAGGUCGCUGGGGACGCUUGGCCCAAGAUCAAGGGCUUCCGUUACCUGCUGCAGGACAAGCCACAUGGCACCAUGCUGGAGGAGAACUUCGUUGAGGGUCUGAAGCUGCUGGGUCGCAAGGGUCUUGUCUUCGAGGUUGGCGUUGAUCAUCAUCGUCGCGGAAAGAAGCAGCUUGACGAAUUGGUGGCCCUCAUUGAGAAAAUACAUGACGGCGUGCCUGAGGAGGAGAGAGUCACCCUCGUUAUCAACCAUCUCUGCAAGCCAGACCUUACCAUCUAUAACACCACUUCAGACCCCGCCUUCCACGCCUGGCGUACCGCCAUGUACACCCUCAGCAGCUGCUCAAAGCUGUACAUGAAGCUGUCCGGUGGAUUCUCCGAGAUGCUUGAGAGUCUCAAGAACCAGAGCGCCUCCCACAUCUUCCAAUCGACAUUCGGUUGGCUGGGCAUCAUCCUGGCCACCUUCGGGCCAAACCGUAUCAUGUUUGGCAGCGACUGGCCCGUCUGCACAGUUGGCAUUGAGGACGCCUGGGCCAGGUGGAGAGAUAUUGUUGAAAAGAUGUGCUGGAUGGCAACGUUGAGCGACGAAGACAGAGCCAUGAUUUUCGGAGGCACGGCGAAGAAGGCGUACGGACUGUAA